AUGGGCGCAAAUCAGAAUGCGACGAGCAAAGCUGCCGAGCCAACGUCAGAUAUUCCCUCAGAUCCUGCGACCACAGUCAGCGAACCACUAGCUUUGGUUGCGGAAAAUGUUCAACAGCCGGCUGGAUCUGUUCCCGAAGCUUCCACCGCUGGAGACAACCACGCAGCGCUGACUAGUCCCACAAGUAUAUCGAGCGGUGGGACGAUGGGUACCCUGGAAGGCGUGCCGGGCGUCUCGGGGAUGACUACCACCGUGGGCAGCCCACUUGCGAUCGAAGAAACAGUCCGUCAGGUCGUGAAUGCUGCAGAGGCAGGCUCUACCUCUCCUGGCGGUGUCGCAAAGACGGGGGCGCUCUCGUAUCCGACCCCCUUCUUACAACCACAAGUAGCGGAUAACGCUACUAGACGAGGGAUGAGCUUGCCUCAUUCCGGCACACGACAAGGUACAAAAUCUCCUUCCAGCAAAAAGCACAGAUGCCCCUACUGCGCCACCGAGUUUACUCGUCAUCACAAUCUGAAGAGCCAUCUGUUAACGCAUAGCCAAGAAAAACCCUACGUCUGCUCGACCUGUUCAUCGCGGUUCCGCCGACUUCAUGACCUCAAGCGGCACACCAAGCUUCACACCGGCGAAAGACCUCAUAUUUGCCCCAAAUGUGGCCGUAAGUUUGCUCGGGGCGAUGCUCUUGCCCGUCAUAACAAAGGUCCUGGAGGUUGCGCUGGACGGAGAUCCAGCAUGGGUAGUUUUAGCGGUAAAGAAGAAGGGGAAGCUGACGAGUCAAUGGAGGGGGUGGUAUACGGUGAACCUGAGCCUCUGGAUGAUGAAGAGGGCAAUGACAAACGACCGGGUAUCCGCCGACAAGCACCUUCUGGAGACGAUACACUGGACGACCCUGCCCACACAUCUCGAAUUCCCAGCACAUAUCCUCCGAUACAGGGCCGCCCUCCUGGAGGGAUCGCCAGUGGUCAUUUCCCGCCUCGACCUGGUUUCAACCAACCCGGUUCGGGCCCCAGCAAUGCUCCCGUGCCUUCAUCUGCACCAAUGCCAUUUCCGCCUAUGCCUGGAUCGUCCUCGAGUUCACGGCCCUCAGCUCCAGGUACAGUCUACCCGCAGAAUCCAAUAACAGAGAGUCCAAAGCCUCUUUCACCUGGUCAAACGCAGCGAGGAGGCCAAGUUUCUGGAGUUGAGGGCAACAUCCGUCGCAACCGGUCCCCAAGCACGACCUUCUAUCCACAACCGCACGCACGAUCCGGUGGUGGUUCUGGUUCCUCUCUGGGCGUGCCUUCGAGUGGCCCACAGUUACCACCUCCUCAUGCGUUAAAUCCGCCGGACGCGAGGUAUACCUUACCCAGUCAAGCUGGGCCAGCACAUCCUCCUACUCAGCCCAGUGGGCCACCCACUCACAUGAGCGGAAGUGGACCCUUGUCGUCUCAUAGCAACAGUCUAUCGAGUCACGGUCAUUCAGUUCAUGGCAGCGGGGAAACGUCUAAAGCCAUGUUUGCGCAAGAGGAGCGACUGUGGGCAUAUGUGACCAGCUUGGAGCAACGGAUCAACAAAAUGCAAGACGAAAUUAAUUCAUUGAAACAUCAACUGGCCAGCGCUACACAGCAACAACAGCAACGGGUUUAA